CCCCAAUUCCACCACUCAAUCUCCCCAAAUUCACCAUAAUCAACCAGUAGCAUCUACCACAAAUUUCCAUAAAAAACUGAAAACGUUUCAGAACAAACUAACCAAACAAUGGUUGCACCGAAACAACAUUACACCACAACCAGUCUUGUAAUCGGGUACGCUCUAUGUUCAAGCUUAUUAUCCAUCAUCAACAAGUUCGCAAUCACCAACUUCAACUACCCAGGUCUCUUAACCACUCUACAAUACUUAACUUCAGCUUUAGGCGUUAGGGUUUUAUCAAAACUAGGGUUUUUAACCCACGACCCAUUCGUAUUCGAAACCGCCAACAAGUUCUUACCAGCAGCUUUCAUCUUCUAUCUCGCAAUCUUUACGAACACAAAUCUGUUACGCCAUGCAAACAUUGACACCUUUAUAGUUUUCAGAUCAUUAACACCUAUUCUUGUAGCAGUUGCUGACACAAGCUUUAGAAAGCAACCAGUUCCAUCAAAGUUUACAUGUUUUUCACUUGUGAUCAUCUUGGGUGGUGCUGUUGGUUAUGUUGUUAAUGAUUCGGGGUUUAGUUUGACGGUGUAUUCGUGGGCUUUUGCGUAUUUGAUUACGAUCACGACGGAGAUGGUGUAUGUUAAACAUAUGGUUAUGAAUCUUGGGUUGGGUACUUGGGGGUUUGUUUAUUAUAAUAACUUGUUGUCGUUGAUGAUGGCUCCGGUUUUUUGGGUUGUUACGGGUGAGUAUUUGGAUGCGUUGGCUGCUGUUGGGGAGAAUGUUGGGGGUGUGUUUGAUAGUGUGGCGGUUAUGGCGGUUUUGUUGUCGUGUGUGUUUGGGCUUUUGAUUAGUUUCUUUGGGUUUGCUUGUCGGAAAGCUGUGUCCGCGACUGCGUUUACUGUAACGGGUGUUGUGAAUAAGUUUUUGACUGUGGGGAUAAAUGUUUUGAUUUGGGAUAAGCAUGCUAGUCCUUUUGGGUUGUUUUGUUUGCUUGUGACGAUCGCUGGAGGUGUUUUGUAUCAGCAGUCGGUUAGUGGAGGUAGCGGUGCAUCUUUGCAGCGUGAUCCGGUGGCAUCUAAGUUGGUGGAGAACAAAGAUGAUGGUGAUGAUUACUCAGAAAAAGAUCAAGAAUAAUGUUUUUGAUUCUCAUAUGAAGAGGUUUGGUUAACCAAAGAUUUUGAAUUGGUUAAUUUUAUACUUUUACGUGCUAAU